AUGAUGAUCUCUUCUUCGCCGACCACGCCUAACCAGCUACUGGCACUAGGUGUGCUAGGCGGUUUCUUGCUAUGGGGCGGUAUGUUGUUCAAUGGCACGCUCGACGCAUUGACACUUGCCUCGGAAACAGGGACCUUUCCUGAUGGUUCCUCCAUGCGAAUGGCUUAUACCGGGUGGGAGGUCAUCGAUUCAAACCUGAGACCCUUAGUCGCCUUCUUCUAUGUCCUAACGAACGAAAGCGCCGGGGCGUCUCGAUGGACGCUAUUCGAUGCUUCCAUCGUGAUCCGCACAAUAAAUGCCUGGGUCUUGAUCGAAAGUCGCCGUCGAGGUGUGCGACAUCCGUGGCUGCGACACGCAAUUGGAUUCUGGUUCCUCCAAAAUUCUGGUGGUGCGGCCUUGAUCGCUCCAGUCCAUCUCUACUUCAUCGCUCGGAGCAAGCAUACUGCUAGGGAUCGAACCAUCCCGUUGAACGAAGCCCGCGGCUUUUGUCCGACCAUCGUCGUCAAUGCUCUCACCACGCUCCUUCUCUUUGCGCCAACGUGGCUGGAUUGGCCAACUCACACUCACCAAGGCUACAUCAGUCUCUUUCAACUGGGGCCGCUAAUGAUGACCGUCGCCAUUGUCCUUUUUACCCGGCCCGGGACCUCAGCGACCGUCCCUGAAACUCCGAAAGACCCCAAAAACCCCAACGUGGACGCUCCAUGGGUACUGGCUGCUUACUACAUGACUGGUAUCGCUGCCAGCAUCGCGCAUCUUUAUGUAGUCGUCGUGGCUCUUACCGGCAUGAGAGGUUCCGAGCUCACCAUCUCCCGACUGUUCCGACCUUCGCCGCGCAAGGUCUUUUCGGCGCUUCCAGGGUCCCAUGAGGCACUGAAGGAGGGACUGCACCUUUUUGUACAAUAUGACAAUAUGAUCGCUGGGGCCGCAUGCUUGGUGUUCGUGCAUUACAUGCUUCAGAAUAUUCCCAAGAAGAAUGGUUCUCCAACCUGGAAGGGCCGAGAAAAAUCGAACAUAGAGUUUCUGUACCUGCUGGUUGCAAGUGCCGUUCUCGGUCCUGCCGGAGCUGGGUCAUUUGGCUUGGCUGUAAGGGAGAAGAGGCUGCGUGCAGAAUUGGAAGAGAAGAAGUGA